AUGACGCAGAAAAAUAAGGAUGCUAUCGAAGACGAUUAUUCGGCAAAGUUGGAUAUGUGUCUUACAGACGGAAUUAUCAAAACUGGCAGUGGUGUUGCCCUUGGAGCACUAUCUUCAUUGCUAUUCCUAGGUCGACGGAGAUGGCCAAUUAUUGCGGGCAUGGGAAUGGGUAUAGGGCUAGCAUAUGCAAACUGUGAAAAUGACUUAAAUCCCAAGAAGAAACACAAUGUAUAG